AUGUCCGUGUCUGAGGGGUCGCACUCUCAAUCUCACUCCCAAUCGCCACAGGCGCCCUCAAGCUCCGAAUCCGACCUGGGCCCGCUGUCGCCGUGGUCGUGUCAACGAUGCAGAGUGCGCAAGUUGAAAUGUAAUAGGGUCUUGCCAAUCUGUGGCCGAUGCGUCAAGAUUGGCGAAGUUUGCGAUUAUCCCUCGGCGAGGAAGAAGCCGGUUAUUAAUCCCGCCAACAGACCGCGACUUCGGGAUAUGCAGAGUCGCAUCCGAGACUUGGAGGCCAGAUUAGAAGCCCAGAGCAGUCCACCGGAAUUUCAGCCAUUCAGUACCAGCACGGAACUUGUUGACACCGGCCGAUUCGAGGGCCUGCCGCCUCCGCAUUUGGUGGAUGAGCUAACAUCGAUAUACUUUACCAAACUUCAAUCCGACUCUUUCAUGAUCCAUGGCGAGAGGUACAUCGCAUCACUCUACAGGCCCGCUCAUAUGCAGCCACCCAUGUGCCUGCAGUAUGCCAUCCUAGCCGCUGGAGCAAGUGCAUCGCCGACUUACAAGCCCAUGGCUGAGGCAUUCUAUGUGCGAGCGCGCCAGUACAUCCAAGCCGAUGAGAUGAAGAGCGACAGUGACCAGAUAUCACUGGCGCAUUGUCAAGCUUGGGUUCUCAUAAGCCAUUUCGAAGCGCAGCAUCUCUGGUUCUCCAGAGCAUCAAUGAGUAUCGCCAGAGCUAUCCGGCUAGCCCAAAUUCUGGGGCUGCACCGACUAGAUGGGAAGAAUGCAGCAGGCCUGACACUCCCGAUCGCGUUGGACUUCACAGAGGAGGAAGAGCGCAGAAAGACCUUCUGGGUCAUUUUCACGACUGAUCGUAUCACAAGCAGCACAGGCGGAUGGCCGACCAUGAUGGAUUGGAGGAGCAUACAAACACGACUCCCAUCAUCUAUCGAUGCAUUGUUAUCGAACACGCCAAUAGCCACGUUAACUCUCAGACAAGCCCUAGGACAGGGUAUGUAUGAGCUCUCUACAAGCGCCUGCAGAGUAGUCGCUGUCCAUCUCUUCAACGAGUGCUUCAACUUCUCCAGAAAUGUCGAAGAGGAUGCGGACAACAAUGACUGGCACCAACUCCAACAACUCGACGAAGCAGUCACAAAUGCGUUUGCGACAUUACCUUUGGAUCUCCGGUGUCCAGAGAACAUGGAAAGCCCUGAAGCGGUUCUCAUCAAUCUUCAAUUACAUACGGCCUUGAUAUGCAUUCAUCAAUCCGCGUUGACAAGGUCGCAGGUGGACAUGGCUGCGCUGCCCACUACGAAAGCGAGAGUGAUGGAAUCGGCGGUUCAAAUCAUGAUCACGGUGGCGCUGGUCACGGAUUUGAACACCAGGUUCCGCAAUCCGCUGGUCUCGUUUGCGUCGUUUAUCGCGGCAUCGUUUUUCUUGUCGGACUUUCUCACGACUGGUGACCUUCAAAGCGAGGCCAACUUUACGGCUCUCAUGACCGUCAUGGUCGAAGUAGGGAAGAAUAACAUGUUUGCUGCGUCUUUGGCUGUUCGGCUAGCGCAGACGUUGAGAGCGUCUGGUGUUGAUCAAGAGACUGCUGGGAAGGUUGGAGUGAUGAUGGCUGAUCUCAACAUUGAUCAUCCAAUUCCAGGGCAAGAGGAUAAAGAGAAUGGGAUCGUGAUAUUAUGCCCAACUGCAACUACGCCAGAGCAGGUCGAUUUUGACCAAGGAAUUGUAUGGCAGUAG